CUUCUCAGGUUUGGAGUCUUCUCCCACCCCCAGGUGAGCCUCGAAGCAGGAGCCCUGACCCGGCCUCUCGUCUGACGACGUCAGCUGCCACUGCCGCCAGCCUGUUCCCUGCCCGGGGCUGUCACUGUGCCGUCUCCCAGCAGGGGCAGCAGAAUGAAAGAAGCCAUGUCCAAUAACAGCACCACCAGCAUCUCCCAAGCCAGGAAGGCUGUGGAGCAGCUGAAGAUGGAGGCCUGCAUGGACAGGGUGAAGGUCUCCCAGGCAGCGGCGGACCUCCUGGCCUACUGUGAAGCUCACGUGCGGGAAGACCCUCUCAUCAUCCCAGUGCCUGCGUCAGAAAACCCCUUCCGAGAGAAGAAGUUCUUUUGUACCAUCCUCUGA